UUAUUAAAGACGCUAUAUAGAUUAUAGUUUUACUUGAUCACAUUGUAAUCCAUUCACGUGCGAGUUGCUAACAAGUCAAAAAUGUGCCAUUUUUCCGCAGUUCUGUUUUUUUUAUUUUGUGUAUUUUUAACAAUUACUUUACAGCAGGGGGACUUAACAGAUGGAGAUUAUUGUACUACACCUCGUCAGGAAGCCGGUCUUUGCGUAAGUGUGGAGAACUGCGAAUUUGUUAAACGUAUUUUCCAAACAUUUGGUCACAACAAUAGGGACGUAAAUAAUUAUUUAAAUCGGUUGACCUGCGGAUUUUCGGGGAGAAUACCUCUAGUAUGCUGCCCUGGUGUUUCAAACAGCAGUCGAGGUACAACUUCUGAAACAACUACUGAAAAAAAAACUACAUUAGCAUCGACUGCUAAUACACCACUUGCAACUAGUACUAGAAGAAUUACUGAAACUGGAAGGAAUUUUCAAACAACAGCUGCAAGUGAAACUUCAAUGACUGCAAACGAAAUGCGUAGUUCUGGACGAAAUAUGAAUGGGACCACAAGAUUUUUAAGACCACCCGAUUGCGGGAAAACUACAUUCACUGGAGGAUACCGCAUUGUGGGGGGAGUUCCAGCCAAACCAGGAAACUUUCCCUGGAUGGUAGCCUUAGGAUACAAAAACAGAAAAAAUCCAAAUUUACCAAAAUGGCUUUGCGGGGGAACUUUAAUUAGCAAUAAACAUGUUUUAACUGCAGCUCACUGCGUAGAAACAACAGAAGAAUUGUAUACUGUACGUGUUGGAGACUUAGAUCUUUAUUCAGACGAUGAUGGAGCAAACCCUGUUGAAGUGUUGGUAGCUUCUACAAAAAUACACGAAGACUACAAUCCCCGCGUCUCUUAUACAAACGAUAUUGCUAUUCUUACAUUAGCCAAAGAAGUUAAUAGCCCCUCCUUAUCGCCGAUUUGCUUACCAGUAGACGAACCAUUGCGAAGCAAUAGAUUCGUUAGGUAUUAUCCUUAUGUAGCAGGAUGGGGUUCACAAGAAUUUCGGGGACCCUCUAGUACUUCUUUAUUGGUUGCUAAUUUAAUGGUUGUUGAUAAUGAUAAAUGCGCAAAAAGUUUUUCGGAAUUCGACAAGGUAACCAUCGACGAUAGGGCACUAUGUGCAGGAUUUCCACAAGGAGGUAAAGACGCGUGCAAAGGAGAUUCUGGCGGUCCACUGAUGCAUGGGGUCCCUGAAGGACGAGCCCUCAGAUUUUACAUAAUAGGAAUAGUUUCGUUCGGUUAUAAUUGUGCGCAACCCGGAUAUCCUGGCGUUUAUACAAGGGUAUCCCACUUUAUAAAUUGGAUAGAAAACAACAUAAUAUAAUAUUUACACUGGAAAUUGUGAUUACAGUAUAAACUGUAAUUAAACAUGUAAUGUGUCAUUCGUUUAAGCAGUUAUACACUUUUUGUUUUAAUAAGUAGUUUAAAUUAAUAAACCACAGAUAUAAGGAGAGGAAAGCGUCUCUAAGCGAGCUCACACUACACUCUGAUUAUGAAAUGAAUGUUUUAUUACAUAAAAAAGAAAACGUAUUUGAAAUAAUUUUACAUAGAUAUACUUGCGUAUUAUUCACUGUAAUUAAUUUACCAAAUCCAAUUUUAGAAAUUUUACCUUGAAUUAUAUUAAGUAAUUAUUAGCAAUUACAAAAAUACACAGUAUAAAAUAACAAGCCUUAUUAAUGAAAGAGUCAGAAAUGCAAUGUAUUAUAUUUAGUCAAAUUACAUGAACUGACAUCCUGAAAAGAAUCGACGGUCGAUUGGCUUGUAUGAAUUUGACACAAAA